CAAAGAGACAGUUGCCAGCACCAUAUUGGAACCUCUCGUUUUGAACAAGUCAAAAAAACAGAAAGGAAAUCAGACAGCAUGUUACAUAAUCUAGCUUUGCUUCACGUGAAUAAUUCAAAAAGACUUGUGAGGUGCAAUUGAUUUAGCAACCAUAUUCUCAGGCUUCAUUCCCAGAAUAGAUCCUUUCUUUGCUAUAUCCUGCAAUUAAUUAAGCGUAGUUCAUUGGCUGGAACAUGCUGAAAAUUUCUACAUUAGUAGAUAGAAUUGACCGUACGACGUCCGUGAAGGGAAGACAGGGCCCUAUAUAUUAAAUGAAAUAAAAGUCAAAACAAAUUUCCAUAAUAAACAAAUGUAGUUACGUUAGAGACGAUUUCAAGGUCUAUAUAUAGUAAUUAAUGGCCAAUUAAUUAAUAGGGAUGAAAAUCCUGUAAUCCAAAUGGCUGCGUGAUCUCUCCUCCCACCGAUUCUUUGACAAGAAAUAGUAAGUCAACCCCUUGAUUGUUUCUAUCAAAGAGCUUAAAUUAAUAAGUCUUUUAAGUUCUUCCAAAUUUCAUAGAAGAGAUCAAAAUAACCUUUCUAGUUCGGUAACCAUACAAUAUGUAUAUAUUUCCCACUUAAAUGCUAGAGAAAUGUAUAGUAACAAUAUAUAAUCCCUAGAUAACGGGGUUUAUAGUAGAUAAGAUAACUUUCUCUCUUAUUGGGUGAAUUAAUUUGUGUGUUAAUUGAGAUUAAAUUUUUAUUUAAAUGAUUUAUGAUUUAAUUAAAGAUAUACCCAUGGUUAAUUAUUAUAUCUUAGAAUUAUACUAAACAAGAGGGUAGGUACCUCGUCUUGAAUGGUAUUUUGAAUUUGGGGAUUUUCAAAUGAAUUUUAUGGUAAUGUUUUUUAGUUGAUAAUUUAGUAAGUUUAUAUAUAAUUAAUUGAGAUUAAAUCAUUUUCUCAUAUGAUUUUAAGAUUAUGAUUUUAAAUGAAUAAUUUUUUUUAGAAAGUAUCUUUACUUCGAGAAGUUGAGGGAGUCUCCUUAACCGCCAUGGUAAUUAUUUCAAUGAUAACUUUAAGCAGUCACCUGACACUUUACAAGAAAUAUGCAAGGACUUUUCCUGUAACGUAAUUUUAUAUUUUUCUCUAUAUGGUCGACAGAUUGUUUCCGAUCGACCCGUUUCGGCCAUGACCCGUUUAAGAAUUGGGAUAUGUUGACUUUGGACUUGUAUUUCCACCUCUGAUGUUAGUAAUUAUUCUGGUUAUUGGCCUCAUGAAUCGAACACAUGUUACUUAAAACUCUAGUGUUAAGAAAUUAGACCGAAGUACCUAUGCAGUAAAACAGAAAUUGUCAAGGCAGAUGUUGACCAUUACCCAUUAUUCUUCUACACAAUGAAUUCUCCGUGUGCAGUCAGGUUCCUCCUCCUUGCCUGUAAAAUACUAAAUUAAUGCAGCCACGGCAUUGUUAUUAUCUUUUCACCGCCUUCUCUAGUUUGAACUUUCUCUUGUUGUAUUUAAAAAUUCCUUAAUGCAACUUCUUCCUCGGGUGAUGGAGAGGGUCGCUCCAAAGACCUUGUAAGCGGAACACGGCCUUCAAAUUUAUAAAUAGGAAUGUUUAAUCCUCCAUUUUGUAUCACAAUUCAAGAAGUAAGAUAUCUGUCAUUUGCUUGCAAAACAAGUUAAUCUAUUCUUUGUCAUCUUAGGUCGAUAUUCUAACAUGGUUAACGCUGGAGAAUUUGAAGUUGUUUUUCGCCGCCUUGAUGAAGAUGGUGAUGGGAAGGUCUCACCAUCUGAGUUAAGUCAUCGUCUAAGUUUGAUUGGAGGAGAUUUCCUCAUGAAGGAGGCAGAACUUGCUGUGGAGUCGUUGGACUCAGACGGAGAUGGCUUGUUGGGAUUGGAGGAUCUUGUUAGGCUAAUGGAAGCUGGAGGAGAAGAAGAGAAGUUGCAUGAUUUGAGAGAGGCUUUUCACUUGUAUGAUAUAGAUAAUUGUGGGUUUAUCAGAGCCAAGGACUUGAAAACAAUGCUUGGUAGACUUGGAGAGUCAAGAUCAAUUGAUGAAUGCGAAGUGAUGAUAAACAAGUUUGACCUUAAUGGGGAUGGUGUUCUUAGCUUUGAAGAAUUUAUGGUUAUGAUGAAAUGAUGUUCUUAUGUAGUGUACUAUUGCAUAACACGCAAACCAAUUGUUUCUUUUAUGGGAUUCUUCAUGUCUUGUACGUUGUAAGAAUAAAGACAGUUUCUUUUAUUGUUUCA